AGCUUGGUCUCUCCUAUUGACAAAUGCAGUUACAAAACUCGUCUAGAUUGCAAAGAAUCACAAACACAAAUCCCUAAAUAUCGGUUUCCAUUCUCUUUAUAUUUAUUUUCUCACCGUUCACAAUUUCAAUUCAAUUCCAUUCAUUCAGUUGCUGUUUCUCCUCACUAUCUCUUUUUUUGUUUUUCAAAACAAACAAAAAACAAAAACAAUAUUUGGUUUCAGCUCAUUUUCUGUUUUCACCAAAAAAAAAAAAAAAAAAGCAAAACCCCUAAUCUUUCUUCUUCCUCCUCCUCUUCUUUAAAUUCCCACCACUUGUACUGUAUCUGCUUUUCCAUUCUUUCUUUGGUUUCUUUUGAAGAGUUCAAGGAGCUGGGAAUUUUGGGUGAGGAAAUGGCUUCCAAUAUAGGAAUUAUGGACAGUGCUUACUUUGUUGGAAGGAAUGAGAUUUUGACUUGGAUCAACAAUCGUCUUCAGCUCAAUCUCUCUCGUAUUGAAGAGGCUGCAUCUGGUGCUGUGCAAUGCCAAAUGAUGGAUAUGACAUAUCCGGGAGUUGUUCCAAUGCACAAGGUCAAUUUUGAUGCGAAGACAGAAUAUGAUAUGAUCCAGAACUAUAAGAUUUUACAGGAGGUGUUCAAUAAGUUGAAAAUUGAGAAGCCUCUUGAAGUCAAUAGGCUUGUUAAAGGCAGGCCUUUGGACAACUUGGAGUUCUUACAAUGGCUGAAACGAUACUGUGAUUCAGUCAAUGGUGGCAUUAUGAAUGAGUUGGACCAUCUUCUAAAUUACAAUCCUGUUGAGCGAAGGUGCAAGGGAGGGAAGGUUCCUAAGGGUUCUCAAAAACUCUCAAAAUCACUGCAAGCAAACAAUUUAGGUGACCCACUUGGUCUUAGCAGUACCUCUGGACCAAAGCAAGGGAAGACCUGUGCAGUGGCAGGGGCCACGUAUUAUGCAGGAGAGGUUCAAGCUUUGACUAAGGAGAUGACAGAUCUCAAGCUCUCAAUGGACCUUUUGGAAAAAGAAAGAGACUUUUACUUUGGAAAGUUGAGGGAUAUUGAAAUUCUUUGUCAAACUUCUGAAUUGGAGAGAAUCCCGAUGUCAGUUGCAAUAAAGAAGAUAUUGUAUGCUGCUGAUGCAAAAGAAUCAGCUCUUGCCAAAGCUCAAGAAUAUCUUGAUUCUGUGGAUGUCGCUGAAAUUGAUGAUGAAGCUAAAGUUGAAAUAGAAAUAGAAGCAGACCAGUGAUCUUUGGCAAUGGAUAAGCUAUUUUUGCCUUGAUAGCUAGUCUCUGCGGUCAAGUGAAGAACUUAUUCCUCUUUGUAUGUGAUGAACAGACGGUUGUGGAUUGAAAACAAAUGACGUCUUGUUAAUAAUAGUGUGCCUCGAGUUGUUCUGCUGAUAAAAAUGGCACUUGUUCACUCAGCUAACUUUAAACUUCAUUCCCAGGACCCUAACAUUUUCCAUUGCUUUGUUAGUGUCGCGUGAAGCCCAGAAUUAUUGAAUCUCAGACUUAUUUUGAUUCUCAAA